AGCACCAUCAAUCACUAACACUGUUGUUGGAUGCUCUCCACCCCUACAAUUACGAAGGCAUCCUCAACCGCAACCGCCACCCCACCACAAGCUUGCAUCUACCUCUGCCAGAGUGCAUGCCUUCCCCCUCCCAUGAAGUAUAUCAGUUCAUGAACAACUUGGUGCUAGCCUGCUAGCUAGCUUUCUGCUGAAAAAUAGGAGUGAGAAAAAUGGUAUUUUCCACAAAUCAUGGUGGAAGUGUUUGGCAAAACAGCAAAGGCUUCACCCUCCAAGUCCUCACAGGAAGAUGGUUCAUGGUGUUUUCCUCAUUCAUGAUCAUGUCAGUAUCAGGAGCAAGCUACAUGUUUGGCCUCUACUCCAGAGAAAUCAAGUCAGUUUUGGGCUAUGACCAAUCCACCCUCACUCUUCUAAGCUUCUUCAAAGACUUAGGUGCCAACUUUGGCAUUCUCUCAGGCCUAGUCAAUGAAAUCACACCCCCUUGGGUUGUCCUAACAGUUGGUGGUGUUCUCAAUUUCUUUGGCUACUUCAUGAUCUGGCUUGCUGUGACAAAAAAAAUCACCAAACCUCAAGUGUGGAACAUGUGCUUGUACAUCUUCAUUGGAGCCAAUUCUCACUGCUCAACCAACACUGGAGCUUUAGUCACUAGUGUGAAGAAUUUCCCUGGAAGCAGAGGAAUUGUCUUAGGCCUUUUGAGUGGUUAUCUGGGUCUAAGUGCAGCAAUCAUCACUCAACUUUACUAUGCCUUCUAUGGAAAUGACUCAAAAUCUUUGAUUUUGCUCAUGGCUUGGCUUCCAACUGCAACAACCUUUGUAUUUUUGCCAGUUAUCAAGCACCACAAGGGAGUUCAAAAGGCAAAUGAUUCAAAAACUUUCUAUAAUUUCCUCUACUUGACUCUAGUCCUUGCAGGGUUCCUCUUGGUAAUGAUCAUAGUGCAAAAAGCUUUCAACUUUACAAAAAAUGGAUACUAUGUCACUUCCACUGUGAUGCUUCUCUUGCUAAUCCUGCCACUUGUUGUUGUUAUCAUUGAAGAACAAAAGAUUUGGAACGUGAAGCAAGAAAGCAUCUAUAGUGAAAAUCCUCCUAAGCCUCUGAAUAUAACUUCAGAGAUGCCAGAUCUUCAGAAGCCAAAUGCUUCCCAAGAAGGAGAAACUACCCAAAACCAAAAGCAAGUUUCAUGUUGGAGAGACAUGCUGAAUCCCCCAAGAAGAGGUGAAGAUCACACAAUUCUUCAAGCCCUUUUCAGCCCUGACAUGGUGAUUCUUUUCUUUGCCACAAUUUGUGGACUUGGUGGGAGCCUCACUGUGGUAAACAACUUGAGCCAAAUUGGGUUAUCUUUAGGGUACCCUGCACAUAGCAUAACCACAUUUGUGUCCCUCUUGGCAAUUUGGAUCUACAUGGGUAAAAUUGUGCAAGGUGUUGUCUCAGAGUACAUCAUAGCCAAGUAUAAAGUCCCUAGGCCUAUCAUACUCACAUUAAUUCUUGUGUUAUCUUGUUUUGGUCAUCUUCUAAUUGCUUUUAAUGUCCCCAAUGGUCUCUAUGCAGCCUCAAUUAUUAUUGGGUUCUGCUUUGGGGCAAAUUGGCCAUUGCUGUUUUCCAUCAUAUCUGAACUUUUUGGGCUUAAAUAUUACUCAACUUUGUACAAUGUUGGGUCAGUUGCAAGCCCAAUUGGGUCAUAUUUGUUCAGUUUGAGGGUUGCAGGGUAUUUGUAUGACAAGGAAGGUAGAAGGCAAAUGGAAGCAUUGGGGUUGAAGAGGAAGCCAGGGGAAGAGUUGAAUUGUAAUGGGAGUGACUGUUACAGAAAGGCUUUCAUUAUAAUCACUGCAGUGACCUUGCUUGGGGCACUUGUGUCUCUCAUUUUGGUGCACAGGACUAGAGAGUUUUAUAAAAGUGACAUAUACAAAAAGUUCAGAGAAGAAGCUAAAAGUGUUGAAACUGAAAUGAAUGUGACUCAGAACAAGGUUGAUCCUGCUGCAAAUGAAGGAUAGAGAUAUCUUUGGUCAGGAAUUGGUAAUGAUUUGAUGUAGUUAGGAAAAAGAUAGUACUUGAGCAGCAGCUAGAACAACUGCAAUAAAUACCUUAUAGUUGGUAAUUUAUAAUAGAAUUUCUUGCAAUGUUCUUUUUAUUAUCA